AACGUCAUUUAUAGGUCCAAGUAUAAGAGGCGAAUGGUGAUCACACAAACGAGCUUUAUCUAUACCAAAGUACCUGCUCAUCCGCUUCCGGGCAUAAAUGGCAGAAAGUCUCUGGCCAUAGUGGCCAAGAAGGGAGAUCUCACUGACCAUAGCUCGAAAACCCGGCAACGACCGGGUUUUGCGCUGAGAGUUUCGAACCCGAUCCUUGCACAAGCUGCCAUUGCAGUGCUUGGACUGGGUUUCGUCGACGCCGGAUACAGUGGAGACUGGUCGAGGAUCGGCGCGAUCUCGAAGGAGGGCGAGGACUUGCUCAAGAUUGCUGCCUUUGUUGUUGUGCCUCUGUGCAUCUUUGCCAUUUUUUCCGUCUCCAAGGAUUCAGAUUCUUGAGGGAAUGUUGAUUUGAAUUGCUCCAUUAUGUUUAAUUUUCUCUGGCUUCAAGAAGACAAUACUACCAAGUGCCAGAGUGUGAGGUUGAUAUGGCUUUACUUUGUUACUGCUUGCAACUGUCUAGGGAUGCAUUGAACCAACGCUGUGAAUGUUAUGGAAAGAAUUCGAUCA